AAUAUUCCGUUGACAAUUGACAUGACUGAACACAUAAAUGGACCAAGGACGGCUUGAUGUAAAAUGAAAGGAUAUGACGCAUUCGACCGCCUGAUAGAGGGGAUGAGGCAGACUUUCAUGGCAUUUUCGUAAAAGACUAACGGCCAAAUGGUUAUAUAAUUAGCCUCCGGCACCAGCAAGCAAAGCAAAAGGCCGAAGAAAGAAUAAGAGACCAAAACCAGCUGCUUUCUUCAGCUUGAGAGCGGCAUUUUUCCUUCUUCAAAUUCUCCACGGACUGGAGAGUUCCGUCCUGAAUUUCUAAGCGGAGUUUAUCGAGGAUUGGGAAUUGUAUUCAGGUGCAGAGUGAGGAAAUGGGAUCAGAAGGACCAAAGAGAGUGGUGGUUCAUGUGAGUGGGUUCAAGAAGUUCCUGGGGGUUGCUGAGAAUCCCACAGAGAUUAUAGUUAGCAAUCUGGUGGGGUUUGUUGAGAAGAGAGGGUUGUCUGCUGGUCUUAAACUUGGCAACUGUGAUGUUCUUGAAACAGCGGGAGACGGCGCGCGCCCCGCUCUUUACAAGGCCAUGGAAUCGGGGAUUUCAGCAACCGGUUCUAACGGCAAUGAACAAGUUGUAUGGCUUCACCUGGGGGUGAAUAGUGGGGCUGUAAGAUUUUCUGUUGAGCGGCAAGCAGUAAAUGAAGCCACUUUCCGCUGUCCAGAUGAGUUAGGAUGGCAACCUCAGCAACGACUAAUAGUCCCUGAGGAUGGAGGAAUUACACGAGCAAGAGAGACAUGUUGCUCGAUCGAGGCAAUCCUUAAGAUCUUGAAGAAUCGAGGAUAUGAUGUGGCAAUAUCAGAUGAUGCUGGACGUUUCGUGUGCAAUUAUGUCUACUAUCAUUCCCUCCGUUUUGCAGAAGAAAAGGGUCACAAAUCUUUAUUUGUCCACGUCCCUCUCUUUUCCAGAAUCGAUGAAGAAACUCAGAUGCGCUUUGUGGCCUCCCUCUUGGAGGCCAUUGCAGCUACAUGUUAGUGAUGUGAAAGCUGCUUGUGUUUUUUGCCAUUUGCUGCUAAAUGUAAAUCAAUGGUGUCAAGAUCAUUAUAAUUGUAGAACAGUUUGUAUGGGCUUGUUUGCUGUUUUGUUUUUGGUGAGGAAAAUGGCUCUCCUAUUAUCCGGGAGGCGGCGUCGUCAAUGUGUAAGAAUGUUCAUCUCUGUCUUGUGAUGGUUCGAAGAUUUGCUCGCAGUUUUUUUCUACUUCUUCCUUUCUCCAAAUAUUUCAUGGGUGUUCAUUUGCAUAUUUCAAGUUGGAUUGAAAUGAGAAAUAUUAAUUUCAACUUUUCAA